AUGGCCGACUACGACAACCCUGAGUUGCAGGCCAAGCUCGACGAGCUCGAGCGCGAGCUAGAGGAGGGAGACAUCACGGAGAAAGGCUACCAGAAACGCCGCACGAUCUUGCUGUCGCAGUACCUCGGCCAGCAGGGCGACCCUCCCGUCCCGGGCCCGCGGUCCGGGCUGCGGAUACACGCUCCGGACGACGACGCUCGAUAUGUCUCUAGUGAUGGCCAUCGCGCAGCUGCCUACGCUGCCAUCGGUGGGCACGACUCCGACCCGACCAGCCCCAGCUCCUCCAGCUACCGUCCUACUUCGUCCUUUGGCGCGCAGGGCGGUGCGAGCCAUGCGCCGCAGGACUCCCAUCCCGCAGGACUCCUGCGCCCCGGCGGUCCCAUUGCUGAGCGGCCGAUCAUGGCCGGCCGCGAUUCUCUCUUCCUAGCCCCAGGUAGCGACGGGCCGACGAGGAGCGGCACCAUGGUUUCGGGAGACUAUGCCUUCAACCCCGACCAGCAGGGCGCCUACACCGAUAACCAGCAACAAACUCCCCAGCAGCAGUACUAUGACAGCAGAACAGGGACGCUCAGGGACUCGCAGGGCUAUUUCUCCGACUUUGCUGGCCAGCAGCAUUACGACCAGCACCAGUCGGGAGAGUACGGCGCACAGCACAGAUAUUCCUCAAGCGACGCCUUUUCUCCCACCGCCGCCAUGGCGCCGCCGAUGCUUACCGCCAACGACCUCCCUCCGCCCGAGGUGCUCGAAUAUCAGCUGCCGCUCGAGCCGAGAGAGGUACCGUUUGCCAUCUUUGACCCGCACGAUAACAACACGCCCAUGUCAGGGUUCGACAAUAUGGCUGCCGUCCUGCGACAUCGAGCACGGAAGACGGCCAAGGUGCCGGCGUACUGGGUGCUCGACAGCAAGGGAAAAGAGAUUGCGUCCAUCACCUGGGACAAGCUGGCAUCGCGCGCGGAGAAAGUGGCCCAGGUCAUUCGCGACAAGAGCUCACUCUACCGCGGCGAUCGGGUAGCGCUUGUCUACCGCGACAGCGAGGUCAUUGACUUUGCUAUUGCCUUGAUGGGCUGCUUCAUUGCCGGCGUAGUUGCUGUCCCGAUCAACGACCUGCAAGACUACCAACGGCUCAACUAUAUUUUGACGUCGACGCAGGCUCACCUCGCGCUCACCACCGACAACAACCUCAAGGCGUUUCAGAGGGACAUCACAGCCCAGAAGCUAACUUGGCCCAAGGGGGUCGAGUGGUGGAAGACGAAUGAGUUCGGGAGCUACCAUCCCAAACGAAAGGAAGACGUUCCCCCUCUCACUGUGCCCGACCUAGCGUACAUUGAGUUCUCGCGAGCUCCUACCGGGGACCUGCGCGGAGUCGUGCUGAGCCACCGUACAAUCAUGCACCAGAUGGCCUGUCUGAGUGCCAUUGUGUCGACAGUGCCACGCAACGGACCGGGCGAUACGUUCAACCCGUCUCUGCGUGACAAGAACGGUAGGCUCAUCGGUGGCGGUGCUGGGAGCGAGAUUCUGCUGUCGUAUCUGGACCCGAGGCAAGGAAUCGGAAUGAUUCUGAGCGUUCUGCUCACAGUUUACGGCGGGCACACGACUGUCUGGUUCGACAACAAAGCCGUUGAUGUCCCCGGUCUCUACGCGCAUCUAAUCACCAAGUACAAGGCUACAGUCAUGGUCGCGGACUACCCGGGUCUCAAGCGAGCGGCGUACAACUAUCAGCAAGAUCCGAUGACAACGCGAAAUUUCAAGAAGGGGAUGGAACCAAAUUUCCAAGCCGUGAAGCUGUGCUUGAUUGAUACCCUUACCGUCGACGGGGAGUUUCACGAGGUGCUGGCCGACAGAUGGCUGAGACCGUUGCGAAACCCUAGAGCGCGAGACGUGGUUGCCCCCAUGCUAUGUCUCCCCGAGCACGGCGGUAUGCUCGUGAGCGUGCGCGACUGGCUGGGAGGAGAGGAGCGCAUGGGUGUCUCGCUCAAGCUCGACCGAGCGCCCGAGGCUGACUCGGAGGAGGACCAGGAUGAUAAGGAUAAGGACAAACCUGCGCCUUCUAACGGAUUCGGCAGCUUGCUCGGCGGGGGCACGACGAAGGCCACAGAGCAGAGCGCCAACGACGAAUUGUACGAGGUCCUCCUCGACAGGGAGGCGCUCAAGACGAAUGAGGUGGUCGUCACCGCGUACGGCGACGAGGUGCAGAAGAAGGCUGCCAACAACCCUGACAUGGUCCGUGUCGGCGCCUUCGGCUAUCCGAUCCCCGACGCAACUCUCUCCGUGGUUGACCCCGAGACGGGUCUCCUGGCGUCGCCGCGGUCGGUUGGCGAGAUCUGGGUCGAUUCACCCUCCCUUUCGGGUGGGUUCUGGGCCCAACCCAAAAACACGGAGCUCAUCUUCCACGCGCGGCCGUACAAGUUCGAGCCUGGCGAGCCGACGCCGACACCGGUCGAGCCCGAGUUUCUGCGUACCGGCCUGCUCGGUACCGUGAUAGAGGGCAAGAUCUUUGUGCUUGGCCUCUACGAGGACCGCAUCCGACAGAAGGUGGAAUGGGUGGAACACGGCCACGAGAUCGCCGAGUACCGGUACUUCUUCGUGCAACACAUGGUUGUCAGCAUUGUCAAGAACGUCUCCAAGAUUUACGACUGCUCUGCGUUUGACGUCUUUGUCAACGACGAGCACCUCCCCGUGGUGGUUGUGGAAUCGGCGGCCGCAUCCACGGCGCCUCUCACGUCAGGUGGCCCUCCACGGCAGCCGGACACUGCGCUCCUGGAUUCCUUGGCAGACCGCUGCAUGGAGGUGCUGAUGCAGGAGCAUCACCUGCGUCUCUACUGCGUCAUGAUCACGGCGCCGAACUCGCUUCCCCGAGUCAUCAAGAACGGGCGACGCGAGAUUGGCAACAUGCUCUGCCGCCGAGAGUUUGACCUCGGCAACCUGCCAUGCGUGCACGUCAAGUUUGGUGUCGAGCACGCGGUGCUUAACCUACCCAUCGGCAUCGACCCCAUCGGUGGCAUCUGGUCGCAAAUUGCGACGGAGUCAAGAGCGGACAUCCUCGCGGACUCUGACAAGCAGUAUUCGGGUAUCGACCGGAGAGAAGUCGUCAUUGAUGACCGCACGUCCACUCCCCUCAACAACUUUGCCUGUAUCACGGACCUCAUCCAAUGGCGCGUUGCGCGACAGCCCGAAGAGCUGUCUUACUGCACCAUCGACGGCCGCGGUCGCGAGGGCAAGGGCAUCACCUGGCGCAAGUUCGACACUAGGGUCGCGGCUGUCGCCAUGUACCUCAAGAAUAAGGUCAAGGUGCGGCCUGGGGACCACAUGAUCCUCAUGUACACGCACUCUGAGGAGUUUGUCUUUGCGGUGCAUGCCUGCAUCAACCUGGGGGCGGUCGUGAUUCCUAUGGCGCCUCUCGACCAGAACCGGCUCAACGAGGAUGUCCCGGCGUUCCUGCACAUUGUCUCGGACUACAAGGUCAAAGCCGUGCUUGUGAACCAAGAAGUGGACCAUCUGAUUAAACUCAAGCCCGUCUCGAGCCAUAUCAAGCAAUCGGCACAGAUUCUCAAAAUUGCCAUCCCCAACGUCUACAACACGACCAAGCCGCCCAAGCAAAACAAUGGGCUCCGAGACUUGGGUCUGACGAUAGACCCUGCAUGGAUCCGGCCGGGAUAUCCCGUCAUUGUCUGGACGUAUUGGACGCCCGACCAGCGGAGAAUCGCUGUGCAGCUGGGGCAUGACACCAUCAUGGGCAUGUGCAAGGUGCAGAAGGAGACCUGCCAGAUGACGAGCUCACGGCCGGUCCUAGGGUGCGUUCGUAGCACUACCGGCCUGGGCUUCAUCCACACAUGCCUGAUGGGCAUCUACAUCGGGACGCCGACUUAUCUGCUCUCACCCGUCGAGUUUGCCCAGAACCCCAUGUCGCUGUUUGUGACUCUGUCUCGGUACAAGAUCAAGGACACCUACGCGACCCCACAGAUGCUGGACCAUGCGAUGGCGGCGAUGCACGCUAAGGGCUUCACUCUCCACGAGCUCAAGAACAUGAUGAUCACGGCAGACGGAAGGCCACGCGUGGACGUGUUCCAAAAGGUCCGUCUUCACUUUGCCGCUGUGGGACUGGACAGGACUGCCAUCAACACUGUGUACUCCCACGUGCUUAACCCGAUGGUGGCGUCUCGGUCGUACAUGUGCAUCGAGCCCAUCGAGCUGUGGCUCGAUACCAAGGCGCUUCGUCGCGGUCUUGUGGUUCCCGUGGACCCGGACUCGGAGCCCAAGGCACUAUUGGUGCAGGACUCGGGAAUGGUGCCCGUGUCGACACAGAUUGCCAUUAUUAACCCAGAGAGCCGCAGCCACUGUUACGACGGCGAGUUUGGCGAAAUCUGGGUCGACUCGGAGGCUUGCGUCAAGUCUUUCUACGGUUCCAAGGACGCCUUUGAUGCCGAGCGGUUCGACGGACGAACGGUUGACGGAGACCCCAACGUCGCAUACGUUCGGACAGGCGACCUCGGAUUUUUGCACAACGUCAGCCGGCCUAUUGGACCGGGAGGAGCCCUGGUGGACAUGCAGGUGCUGUUUGUGCUGGGCAGCAUUGGCGAGACAUUUGAGAUUAAUGGUCUUUCGCACUUCCCCAUGGAUAUUGAAUUGUCGGUCGAGCGAUGCCAUCGCAACAUUGUGCCCGGAGGCUGUGCCGUCUUCCAGGCUGGUGGUCUGGUGGUGGUGUUGGUUGAAGUCAGCCGCAAGCCGUACCUUGCUUCAAUCGUCCCGGUCAUCGUCAAUGCCAUCCUGAACGAGCACCAGAUAAUCGUCGAUAUUGUCGCUUUCGUCAACAAGGGGGACUUCCCUCGGUCAAGACUAGGCGAGAAGCAGAGAGGCAAGAUCCUUGCAGGCUGGGUGACGCGGAAGCUGCGCACCUUGGCGCAGUUUGCCAUCCGGGACCUGGACCCGGCCGCUAUGGGCGAGACUGGAGGCGCCGGCGCAGAGGGCGGAGGUGACCCGAACAGGAUCUCGACAGGCAGCAUACGCUCCGGGGCACCCGCUGCUGGAGCAUCCAGCCUGAGGAACGUCGAGCACGCACCGCAAAUCUUGGAGCAGGAGGAGUUUGAGCAGCAGAUGGACCACAUUGCCAACAUGACGCCUGUGCAGACGCACGAUAGCAUCGGGGAAGAGCAUAUGCCUACGCCCACGGCUUAUCCGCAGAGCCAUGCUGCGGGCGGAGAGCCGUAUCAUGCGCGGUCGACGAGCGGGGACGACGGAUACUUUGGUGGCCACCAAUAUGGCGGUGAUGAGCAAGGAGAAGCUCCACCACCUGUCGGCCCGAAACCGGCGAGGCCACCUUCGGAGGGUCACGCGCCUCCCAAGAUCCGGCUGCCUGGGGUAGACGGCCGUGAGGGCUUUGACUUGUGGAGUGGCGACGACAAAGGCGACGAGGAGGACUGGACGACGAAUGCCAUUAUGCACAUGAACCUCGCCGGGGAUAUGAACCCGCGGCAGGGUCAGGGGCACUGA